GUUGUCAUAGCAACACAAGACUUUGAACAGACAUGCCAGACGUCAACCACAGAUCUGCUGCACCUCAAACAAUGCUGUACCUUCUGGGUGUCAAUCUCCCGGACGACAAAGUCGUCUCUAUAGCCCUCACCAGAAUAUAUGGGGUGGGAUUGAAGACUGGUCAAACCAUUUGUCAUAAGCUUGGAAUACAUCCUCGAUGCCGACUUAAGGAUCUUCCCGAAGACAAAGUCACGAAACUAUCCGCUUUAUUGAAUACCAUGCAAAUUGACGCUGAACUGAAGAGAGAGACAAGAAACAGGAUUGGGGCUAUGGUUCAGAUGGGGAGUUACCGCGGUGCCCGGCAUAAGGCUGGAUUACCAGUGAAUGGGCAGAGGACGCAUACCAAUCGAAGCACUGCAAAGCGGUUGAACGGAAGGUGGUUGAGGAUGAGAGAAUUUUCAAGUGCAUCUCGUGUGACGUCAGGCCCAUCACCAUCCACACUAUCCCGAAUGGUCACCAACACCUUUGCGCCGGUUGGCCGGGUUCUGUCGAGGCUUUUGUAGGCAGCAAAGGAUAUAGCGUGAUAGAUAUCGGUUGAAUGGUUUGUAUUAUUUAUAGGAGAAUCUACAGGUCUACAUGAGAGACUACUCAUUUCACCACAAUAUGCAUCAUGAUGCGGUAAAUGUGCCGUUUUCUUGGAUGGAAUACGUGAGACAGAACCAUCAAAUUGUCCCCCACUAUUCAUCCUUCUGUUGUUCAAUGUUCAUCCAGAGCCCACCAUCUGAAUUCUUAUCAGGAGCUUCAUUUUCU